GUCUAGAGCUAAGCGACCAGUGGCGUACGGAGGUUUGGCUUGAGCUGGAAAAUGUUUAGGGUUGCUGCCAAGGCAGAGAUUAGCCUGCGACCAGACCGUAUACCCAGGAGGCAUGACUUGAGCAGGGAAAAGUUAACAGAGCAACAAACCCAGAAACCAUGACUUGUGUGGGAAGGGGCUCAAGGACCAGGGAUCCUAAUUGAGCCUGAAGACUAAACUUGUAAAGCCUAGCUUAGGCGGAACAAGGUCCGAUAUAGGGGAUGGAAUCAAGUUUGGAAUGGGUGGGCGACAAAGGGACAGGCCGGGAGACUUAUGACUGGAGGAAUGGAUAAGAGCAGCGACGGGGCCCUAAAUGCAUCGCUGGAGACAGAAACAAGAGCUAAACCAGGAACUGGGUGUGCAGCUCAGUGGGAGAGCCUUUGGCUGGUAAGCAUGCUUAGCAGGCCCUAGGUUCGACCUCCAACACUAAAACAAAUACCAAAACAAAACAAGAAAAACAAAACAAGAAAAACAAAACCCACUUUUCUUGUAUGUAUGCCCAGAGACUAUGGACUAUGGCUCACUCUCCAAUAUGGGAGUCCGGUAAAGCCUGAGAAGUUUUUUCGGGACGGAAACGAGGCAUUGGGGAGAGACUGGAACAUAUCUAAGCACUAAAGACACAGAACAGGCCUUCAUUCGAAACUGAAAGGAGUGACUGGGAUGAGAGUGAGGGGCCAGCAGGACGGCCAAGCCAGGGAGGCGUGGCCACAGCCGCAAUAGAAAGCAAGAAUAAUGCCUUUUGCUGCCUACGCAUAAGGAUUAAAUUUUGUAUAAGUCGUACUAGGUAAGCACAAGGCGCUGGAUACUUUUCUUUUUCUUGAGUCAACAUAUGCUUACCUUGCUAAGAAUUCUGUCUGCUAAGAAGAAAUCGCUCAAUAGAGGCGAAACUGGUUGAAUUUAAGAAGGGAUUCCUCUUCCAUCAGCUCUCGCGAUUCUUUAAUCUGGAACAAGGUGUUCCUUGAAGAUUAAAAAUCAAAGCAAAAGAUCUUUCCCCGUAUGCUAUUUCCAACAUCUUCGCAGGCAGGACACGGACACGCGGAGUGGUACGCAACAUGGCCUCCCAACCAGGAUCCGACUUAGUUUUUAUCAACUGCAGCCUGCACCCCUGGAGUCUCUGAAACGGUCACUACGGUCAGGGGGGGGGAAAGCAAGCACAGGGUUUGAGGCUGAGCUUUGAAUGAAAGCAGAAAGCCACAGGCCCUGCAUGACUCCAUUUCGGCACACCUGCAGCCGGGAUUCUGCGGUAGGAGGAUUGUCUGGCUUGGGAAUGGUCGAGCACCCCGCCGCUGAGAUCCUUUAGGUUUCUUCCAUGAUGAAGGAAUCUCCAACACCAGUUCCAACGUCCGCUGUAAAUCCAUUCUUAGCAAGUCCCAGCUCAUCCACACUGCGCAACAGAAUCGCAAAUCUUUCCUAGCCCGGAACCCGGAAGCACUCAGGGCCGGUGGUUCCGUUAUGUCACUUCCGCUUCCUGUUUCCAGGCUUAACUCCGCCCGGGGUUCCUCGCUCGAGCUACGAGUUGUGUCGUCGAUAGGUUCGAGGAUAUUGGAGCUCCAGCCACAAUGAUUGAGGUGGUUUGCAACGACCGUCUCGGAAAGAAAGUCCGCGUUAAGUGCAACACCGAUGACACCAUCGGCGACUUGAAGAAACUGAUAGCUGCUCAAACUGGCACCCGCUGGAACAAGAUCGUUCUUAAAAAGUGGUACACGAUAUUUAAGGACCACGUGUCUCUGGGAGAUUAUGAAAUCCACGAUGGGAUGAACCUGGAGCUUUAUUACCAGUAGAGGGGGAUUCCUUCUCCUCCUCUCCCUGCUCUGCCCUGCCUUCCUCUCCCACCCUCAUCUGACACUGGUGUAGAUGGUCAUUUUUAACAGUUCACAUGAAUAAAAACUUGGCUGCUGCUUUGCUGCUGUCA